CUAUUCCCCUCUUUUCAAUUUUGGCCAUCCUUGCCUCUCCACCAUCAGGUUUGAGAAAAGAAACGUUGAGGAAAGAUGUUCGGAGUUGUAAAGCAAAAGAUGUUGAGGCUGUCAUUGACGCAGAUUCGUCCUGCAGUGUCAGCGCUGAGAAGCUACUCAUCAGCAGCAAAACAGAUGACAGUGAGAGAGGCAUUGAACUCUGCUCUUGAUGAGGAGAUGUCAGCUGAUCCUAAAGUCUUUUUGAUGGGUGAAGAGGUCGGAGAAUAUCAGGGUGCAUACAAGAUAUCCAAGGGGCUUUUGGAGAAGUAUGGACCUGAGAGGGUUCUUGAUACUCCUAUUACUGAGGCAGGUUUUGCUGGGAUUGGGGUCGGUGCUGCUUACUACGGCCUGAAGCCUGUAGUGGAGUUUAUGACAUUUAACUUCUCCAUGCAGGCAAUAGACCACAUUAUUAACUCCGCUGCAAAGUCCAACUACAUGUCUGCUGGCCAGAUGUCUGUACCCAUUGUUUUUAGAGGACCUAAUGGUGCUGCUGCUGGUGUAGGUGCCCAACACUCUCAGUGUUAUGCAUCAUGGUAUGCUUCUUGUCCUGGUUUGAAAGUGCUGAUGCCAUACAGUUCUGAAGAUGCUCGUGGACUGCUCAAAGCUGCUAUUAGAGAUCCUGAUCCAGUUGUUUUCCUUGAAAAUGAGUUGUUAUAUGGUGAAUCAUUCCCCGUUUCUGAUGAAUUUCUUGACUCAAGCUUUUGCCUUCCAAUUGGGAAAGCUAAGAUAGAGAGAGUAGGAAAGGAUGUGACCAUUACAGCCUUUUCAAAAAUGGUGGGCCAUGCUCUUAAGGCAGCUGAGAUACUUGAAAAGGAUGGAAUUGAUGCAGAGGUUAUAAAUUUGCGUUCUAUUAGGCCACUAGAUAGAUCAACAAUUAGCGCUUCCAUCAGGAAAACCAACAGAUUGAUAACAGUUGAAGAAGGGUUUCCACAGCAUGGUGUUGGUGCUGAAAUCUGUGCAUCGGUUGUGGAGGAGAGUUUUGCUUAUCUUGAUGCCCCGGUUGAGAGAAUUGCUGGAGCUGAUGUUCCCAUGCCAUAUGCAGCAAAUCUCGAGAGAAUGGCUGUGCCACAGGUUGAAGAUAUUGUCCGUGCUGCGAAGAGAGCAUGCUACAGAUCCGAACCAUUGGCUGCUGUUGCAUGAUCGAACCAACCUAGGGAAUCGGAGGAAUACGCUAUUUUUUGCCAUCUCGGGUGUUACAGCGGGCUGCUUCAAUAUAAUAACUGGGACAUUAACCUGUUCAACCAUGGUUAAGCCUAAGACUUUAUGUUUAGUGGAGCAAAGGGCUCUGCUGCUGUUUAUUUUGGUUGGAUUGAAUGAUUUUUAAAUGCAAUGCAUUGAUUUGAUAUUUUGUU